AUGAACUUACCUUUGCUGAUCCCAGUGGUCUCCUUGUUUGCUUUGCGAUUAAUUGCGACCCAAGUAUUGCACCAGAGCACACAACAAAGUUUUUGGGAAUCAUUUGCACCUGGAGAGCUGUUGCGACUCUUGGAACGCUCGAGCUUAUCAUUUCCGAGUAUACCAAACACUGUAGCACAACGCAGAUCGGAUGUGAGUUCGGCCGCAUUCACAUUACCCGCCAAGCUGGAUACCAACUUUUCACCAACGCCAGAUUCAUCAACCGAUAACACAUACCCCGCGGAAGAUCAAUUAAAUGCACCGUCAAGUAAUGAAUUCAAUUACGAUAAGGCUUAUGAAGAUUUUGUGCGUCACUAUUUUAGCGACAAACUAGGAGAAGAUAACGACUCUAGUGGAAACAAUAAAGAAACCCUAGAUGGCGAAGGUAGUGAAAGCGAAGAACAUCGUUUUGAAACGGAAGACAAUUCUUCAUCUACGGAAACGGAACCGCUUACGGAGGAAACGAAAAAUCGUUCACAGCGCAAAAUAAAGGAAAAAUGUCGUCGUGUUAAAAAACAAAAGCAAAAUUGUCUGAUUUGUGAAAAUGCUCGCAGUGGUGAAAAAUCGGAAUCAUGCUCCUUCUCACGUGCAAGUGAACCACAGAAUUAUUCGUUCGAGAGGGAACGCAGUUAUAAGAAACAGCGUGAUACUGACGAGCCUACAUCACAUAGUGCUGAGCAAACGUCUUUGGAAGAAAUGGAAGCCGCCGGAGCGGACAAAAGUGUUGAAAAGCUUAAUAAAAUAGUUGAUAAAGGCAAGCACGUCCCAAAAGACAGCAGCACUUGCAUACAAAUGCUGAGGCGUGGAAAAAUUUGCUACCAGUGCGUGGAUGGUGAUGGUACGACUACUAAAUGCUACGUGCCCCGGGAAAGGAGCAGUGGAAGCGCGGCCAACAGGUCACGUCCAGCUAAAGGGAAAGAACAUAAAGUCCAAAAAACUCAACAACGUAUUUACAAACGCACAAUAUCUUAUUCAUUUGAAAAGGGUCCAAAUGGCACUGCAGCAAGCGAAUCGCCAAGUGAUGCCGGCAUGUUGGAAAACACGGACACAGCAAGCAGUGCACCACAUUUGAAUGAAAAAAUAUUCAUUAAGGUAGUUAAGCAAAAUGAAACUAUAGGAGAGUAAGGUUUCGGAAGUGCGCCUCGAGAGCUCAAAGUAUUUUUAUGAAUUAAAAUAGCGCGAGUGUACGUUCCUAUGAAUAUCACUAUAUAAAGUAAAGAACUCUUCAAAUUAGUCGUUGCUACUUGAUAGAACACACAGAACUUCUGAUGCAAUAAAAAUUUAAGCGUCGAAGAACCGCGCUAAUGCAAAACAAAAUUUCGUCGAAAAUACGUCGAAAUCACUCACUGUAACACUGAAUAACAUUUCACUGUAUUACUUUUCACUCAUUCACUCACUUUUUAUUCACGCUAUCACAUUUAGUUUGUAUUAAUUUUGAUAAUUUGUUAAUUUUUCCCAAAAUUUUGCGAAUAAAACUGCGAACCGCGCGCGCCGUGAAAAACUAACUGUUCACUAAGUUUGGUUGUCAAAUUGAUGUGGGGGAGAGUGAAAACGAAACGGAACUGUGUAAACGGAAUGGAAUUGUAGAUGCGGAAAUAGUCACAACAACACAAAAGUCGCCAUCGAAUUUUUCGCUCAGCGAG